UCGAUGACGUCACAACAAACAUGGCGGCGCUCGGUACGGCGCGCCGCUUAUUGCGGACCUGCUCCCGGGUGAAGAACGUCCAAAGGGGGGAGCAGCGGUCGGUGAGAUGCGGCCUCAGGACGCUUUGCAGCGGGACGCGAGACCACGCCCUCUCGGACAACACGAGACCCCAGUUCACAGAUCCGGCUGUGCAGGACCUCCUCACCAGGAUGACGGGCCUGGACCUGCAGAAAGUGUUCCGACCCAUCAAAGAGGAGCUGAAGCCACCCACGUAUAAACUCAUGACUGACCAGCAACUGGAGGAGGCCGUCGAGUUGGCCACACAGCAAGCGGAGAAGUUGCUGCAGAUGCCCCCCCUCCUGUCGGAGAGGAAGCCCAUCAGCGACGUUCUGUCCGUGGACAAGAUCCUGGACGGCAUGGACACGGCCAAAUACGUCUUCACAGACAUCACCUACAACAUCCUGCACAGGGAGCGGUUCAUUGUUGUUCGGGAACCCGACGGGACCCUGAGGAAGGCGUCGUGGGAGGAGAGAGACCGGCUCGUUCAGGUGUACUUCCCCAAGGAGGGACGCAAGCUCACAGCGCCGCUCAUCUUCAAGGAGGGGAACCUCAAGAUGGUGUUUUCCCAGGACCGCCACGAGGAUGUGUUGGACCUGUGUCUGGUCCAAUUUGAACCGGACUCGUCCGACUACAUCAGGGUACACGCGGCCACCUACGAGGACUUGGACAAGCACGGCAAAUACGAGCUGCUGCGCUCCACCAGACACUUUGGAGGCAUGACCUGGUAUCUGCUGGGCGCUCGCAGGGCGGACGGGCUUAUAGUGGACAUGCUGAAGAGAGAUCUGCUCCAGGAUGCAGUGAGCCUGGUGUCUCUGUUCCACAUGGUCCACCCCCACAGCGAGUCGGCCCAGGAAGCUGCCAGCCAGCAGGCCGCCGGCGCCGACCUGCUGAAGAUAUAUGCUGAUAAGGAGUCCCAGAAGUCGGGCUACAUCGAGCUGGCGCUGCAGGCGUACGAGCAGCUAACUACCAAGAAGAGCUCAGCGGAAUGACCGGCCCACUCCCGAGAUGGAGAAUGUACCAAUUCUAACGAGCAGAACCAGAGGAGUGGACUGAAACUGGCCUCUCGCGUGUAAAGAAAUCUGAUUCACAGCCACGGACUCGACGCAUCGGCUUUUAAAGUAUUUGCAAGAUGCAUAAAGUUAGUCGUAUUUAUCCAUAGAGGGGAAGAAAAGAAGUCCCUUGAGUGAAAAUGAUGUACAUACCAAAAUAAAAAAAAAUCUUUGUACUUGUAACGUGU